AUGGCGACAUCCCAAGCCACGUUGUAUGCGACAUUUGACGUGCUGCCGCACCUCAUUGACGUGCUCAAAGACGUGCUGUCCGCCACCUCUGCCACCGAGGAGACCGUUCGGAUUGGAGACGUGUCUGCAUCGGCAGUAGCAGUGAAGCAGAAGUACGAUGACGCACUGGAGCUGCUGCGGUCCCUGCCUGGCAUUGACACGUCGCUCUUGGCGCAGGAAGCUGCUAUUGUUCAGGCAAAUGAAGAGCUCAAGCGCAUUUCCGACGUCGUCGAGCUCUAUAGCAACACGUUGUACCGUGGCACGGAUGAACCGCGAGCUGAAGUCAAUGACGCUUUUUCUCGAAAGAGUCUUCUCAAGUGA